AUGGCACUUGGGACAUGCCGAGCGGUUCUCAUCACCGGCUGCAACCGCGGCAUCGGCCUGGGCCUAGUGCGAGGGUUCCUGGCUCGGAGCCCCUCUCCGGACCUGGUCAUCGCCACCUGCCGCCACCCGGAUCAAGCGCAGGAACUCCAGCAUCUGAAAGAGCAGCAUCGGAAUCUUCGAGUCCUACAGUUGGAUGUCUUGUGUGAAAACAGCAUCAAGAAGGCGGUUCAGGAAACGGAGACCCUGGUGGGGGAACAAGGCCUUAACUGUCUCAUCAACAAUGCCGGCAUCAACAGGAUUGCCACCCUGGACAGCGUCACAGCCCAGGACAUGCGGACCGUCUAUGAGACCAACACCGUAGCCCAACUCAUGGUCAGCAAGGAGUUUCUCCCGCUCCUGAGGAAGGCUGCGUGCCAAGACACCAUCAUGGGCAUUCACCGGGCCGCCAUCAUCAACAUGUCAUCCUGCACCGCUUCUAUGCAGCAGUUCCGUCAGUUCAGGAAAUCCGAGUUAGUGUACCCUUACAGGAUAGCCAAGACGGCCCUCAAUAUGAUCACCUGCUGCCUAGCUGCCGAUCUGAUAUCUGAUGGGAUCCUCUGCAUCUCCAUGAAUCCAGGCUGGGUCAAGACGGACAUGGGGGGGAGCAAGGCUCCCCUGCAAUUAAAAGAGUCCAUCCCAGGGAUUCUCAAUGUCUUGGCCAAUCUCAGAGAUAAGGACCAUGGGACCUUCCUGGACUGGAGAGGAGAGGUGCUCCCCUGGUAG